ACACGUUACACACGGUUCUUCUUUUGUCUUCUCCUCCUAUAUACACUCUCUUCUUCCAAUCCCUUCGAAACCCUGGUGAAUAGAUUUCUGCUCCUCCGGUAUGCUCCCUCUACCUGCAAAGAAGCUCUACCAAGAGCUGCGCCACCAAUCCAACCCUCAAAUUUUGUGAUGGUGGAAAGGAUGAGAGCCUAAUUAUCUGCAGGUCUUCCUGUCUCCAAAAUUGAAACACAGGUAAUGAAGAGCCUACAAGCCUGAGUUGUGGGUUCUGUCAUCUCUCUCCAUGCCUCUCUCUUCAUUUUUGAUAUGUUCUCUCGAUCUCAGGGCAGUCCACCAUCUGUGAGGGAUGCAAAAAUAAUCAUAGGAAGCUCCAGUUCCAUUCAUUCCUCAAGAUGGAUAUGAUAGGAUUCGGUGCGAGGGAUGAGUUCUUGAAGAGACUGGUGGAUGAUCUAUCACUGCUUAUUACUGAGGCUGAAGAUGUGACAAUAGAGAAGGAGAGCUUUCGGAGAUUCUCGAAAUAUGUAGAUCAUCUGAGGGCUCUUCUCCAAGAUCUCCGAGCCAAGAGGGUCUACGACAAGCCCGAGUGGGCAGCCUCAAGUUCUGUGCUACAGAAAUUGCAUUCUGAAGUCAGGAAAGCCCGGGAUAUCAUCAAGGCUUACAAUUCAGGGAGCCGGCUUCAGCUCCUCCUCAAGUGCAAGACCAUGCUGUCCCAGCUGAAGAAAUCAGCCGACGAGAUCGCCAGCAUCAUUCAGCAGCUCUCCUUGGCCAAACUCGAUUCGAUGCUACAAUUGAAAUCCAAGGCUGAUGAGAUCAUUCACGGCAUGUGGUCAGUCGAAUUCAAAUCGGCGGCAGCAACUGAGGCCAUAGUCUCUGAGAUUGAGGAAUCCAUUGCACAGAAUAGCAGGAGCCAAGACCAUACGAUGAGGCUUUUACAUCAGAUUGCAGAUGCUGUUGGUGCUGCACCAAAUGUCUCCCUUGUAAGAAGCGAAAUUGCGCUGCUGAAGCAGGAAAAGGAAGAGAUGGAAGCUCAAAAGCAGCACGCUGAAGCACUCCAGCUAUCACAGCUGAUACAUCUCUUGUACAGCUCGGAGAUGAUCACGAGCCCACCACCAGAAAGCCCCACCAUCAUGAGCCCACGGAACUACCUGAUCAAUUCCUUCACAUGCCCCCUCAGCUGCAAGCUCAUGGAAGACCCGGUCGCCAUUGUUUGUGGGCAUAGCUUUGAGAGGAACGCCAUUCUCGAAUACUUCCGAAUCGGAAUGAAGGUGUGCCCAACCUGCAAUAACGAGCUCUCUUCUCUGGAUGUAACCCAGAACAUCUCGCUGCGCAGUUCGAUUCAAGAAUGGAAGCAGAGAAAUGCCAAGCUCAGGCUACAGAGUGCAGUAUCCAGCUUAGACUCAGAUGAUCAUGAAGUGUUGAACGAAGCACUUGAGAUUCUACUCGCCGUAAUGGAGAACACCAGUUACAUAGCUGAAGUUUCACAACAUGGUAUUGCUGCAAGGCUGGUGGAUUUACUGAAAACUGGUGAAGUGAACACCAAGGCAGCUCUCAAGUGCAUCUGCCACCUUGCCCAUUAUUCUGAAGAAAACAAGAAAACAAUUGCUGCAAAAGGAGUCAUUCGUUGCAUCGUGAAGCAGUUCUGCAGAGGUGAGACUGAACCAGAAGGCCUUGUUAUCUUGUUGGAGCUCUCAGAAAAUGAAGUGUUCGCAGACAUGAUCGGAAAGACCAAGGACUCCAUCCCCUGCUUGGUCUCUCUGCUCCAAAAUUCCAAUCCUGACAUAUCUCAGAAAGCCCUGAAUGUUCUAGGUAACCUAUCCUGCAACAUCAAUUUUGUCAUCAAGAUGGCGGAAGCUGGGUACUUCGAACCCUUCCUUGCUUGCUUCCAACAAGGCAAUUCAGAGACGAGAGCUAACAUGGCCAAAGAACUGACAAGAAUGCAUCUAUGGGAAAGCACUGCAAGACACUUUGACAAUGAGCGGUUCAUCAGUGCGCUCACAAAGACAUUGUACUCAAGCUCUCAAGACUACAAGUUGAAAUGUCUCGGUUGCAUCAAAAAGCUCUUGGCCUUCCCCAGAUUGGUGAGAAAGUUUCUUUCAGACAGGAACACAAUCCCAGCACUGCAUGGCCUAAUACAGUCGACCAUUUCCAACCAGCAGUUGAAGCAGGAAGCCAUGGAGAUCCUCCUCUUGCUUGUGGAAGCCAGCGAGCCAAAUGACUACCAGACCAAUCCAAGUUUGGAAGAGCUUCACUCCCAGCACAACAUCAAUGUCUUCCUCCAACUUGCUUCCACUGCCAAUACCCAGAUAAAGGCUUCCUUCCUUCACCUGCUUCUGCUGAUGGCUCAGAAAUCAGAGAAUGCUCGGCUUCAGAUUCGAUCUGACCAAAGUGUGAUAGCCCAUCUCUUCUCCAUCCUUGAAGGAGAUUCCCGAAGAGAGGUGAGGGUGCAAGUGCUGAAGCUGACAUGCAGCAUUGCUGAAGGCCAUCCUGCUGGAGUUCAACUCCCCCCAUCACCCCUAAAAGAGACUGCGAUCGCUACUCUUCUGAACAUCUUCACCAGUUCUACCAACACUGAGGAGAGAUCUGCAGCCGCUGGAAUCAUUGGCCGGCUUCCAUCUGAUGACACCACCAUCAAUGAGAUGCUCUGCAAGUCAGAAACCCUGAAGGCCAUCCAUGAGGUGGUCUGUGCCAAUGACAGCAGGUACCAAGGGAUGAGCAGGGAAUCACCAUCACCGUUGGCUACUACAUCCAAUUGCCUAUUGGAGAACACCCUUGCAGUCCUGCUACGCUACACCGAGCCAAACAAGCCAGAGCUCCAGAGGCAAGUAUCCAAGCUCAAUGUCAGUCCAUCUCUCAUCCAUGUCCUCUCCACAGGCAGCUCUCUCGCCAAGCAGCGGGCGGCCAUAGCUCUAUACCAUCUCUCCCAAUCAAGCCAUCCAGACACUGCAACCACCACCGCUAUGGCGGACCAGGCACAAGGCUUCUUCCUAUUAUUCCAGUUCAGAAGGCUCCUCCAGCUCAAAUCAUGGUGUGGUUCCUCCACUGCAGCACUGCAUCAGAGCCUCUGCACUGUCCAUGGCUCUGCUUGCUCAUCUCGGCAUGCAUUAUGCCUUGUCGAGGCUGGUGCAGUGGGGCCACUGGUGCAGACAGUGGUGAGCGAGCUGGCGACCAGUGCCUCAGAAGCUGCACUAGUGGCACUUGAUACCUUGCUCAAGGAUGAUGCUUAUCUCUCGUCCGCAGCAGCAGUCAUAGUGGAGAACCAGGGCAUGACAGCAAUUCUAGAGGUGCUGGACAAAGGGCGUCUCUCCACCAAGGAGGUGGCUCUAGACCUCUUCUACAAGAUCUUGAGGCAUUCAGAAAUUGCGAGAGAGCAAUCUCUGCGGUCAAGAGGGAUCCUCAUCAGCCUCCUCAGAGUAGAUCAACUGAAGAAAAAAGCAGCUUUGGUUCUCAGCCAGAUGGAUGCCAUUCCACAUCAGUCUUCAUAUUUCUGAAGCUCCCUCACCCAAUCAUUUGACAUUAGAUUUUUCACAUUUAGAGAAGACAAGCAUUGCAUCUACCAAAGGGAUAGUUCAUUUUUGUACACAUGCUAUUGAAAGGAACACAAGAAUAAUUAGAAUAGCUUUAAGCUGAUAGCAGAGAUUCAUAAGUUUUUUUUUUUAAAUUAUUAAUUGAUUCAAUGUUGCUAGACAAAAUUCUAAUUUUAAAGAAGAUGGAGGGA